CUGUCCAAGCUUCAUCAGGCAAUAGUUGCAGAAGACAUCCAGGAUAUAACUCACAUCAUCAAAGGUGGCGCUGAUGUCAACGCAGUCUUUAACCAAGAAACGGCCUUCACCAAAGCUUUAACAGUCGGGUGUCCUGCAGCAGCAGACAUGGUGAUGACAAGCAGCAAGUUUGACCCAAAUGCUGGGAAUCAGUUCAAUACUUCUCCACUGCUUGUGUCUGUGAGAGAAGACAGAGUCCACUAUGUGAACAG